AAAGGUGUUGCAUGUUUGUUUACAUAAUAAUAAUUUAUCCAGAAAACAUUUAAAGCCGGUGUAGCAUUAAAUGGUUUCCUUAAAGUAAUGGGAGGCUCGAGCGUGCGCCACCGCGUGCGCCUGGAGGAGCCCGGCAGCACGGCGCGGGACUCCCGGGACCGCGGGGCUGGCAAGCGUGCCGCGCCGCGCACCGGCCUGCCCGCGCGCUCGGCCGCCCUGGCGCUGCUGGGCGCGUGGGGGGUGUUCCUGGCGGUGGGCGUGCUGACGGGGGGCCUCCCCGCCCCGCUGUCCCUGGAGGACGAGGCGGCCCGGCCCGGGGUGUUCGUGGCGGACCGGGCGUGGGGGCACCUGGUCCAGCUGGCAUCGCUCGGCCCGCGCCCCACGGGCAGCUACGAGAACGAGGUGCUGGCCGUGGACCUGCUGGCGAGGGAGGUGGGCUUCAUCCGCCAGCAGGCCCACCCGAGCCAGCGCCUGUCCCUCGACGUGCAGAGGGCCAGCGGGGCGUAUCGCCUCGCCACCUUUGUCAACUCCUACUCCCGCGUGCAGAACGUGGUGGCGCGCCUGCACUCGGCGACCAACUCCAGCAGCAGCCUGCUCAUCAACUGCCACUUUGACUCCGUCCCCAAGAGCCCGGGAGCCAGCGACGACGCGCUGAGCUGUGCCGUCAUGCUGGAAGUGCUGCGCGUACUGUCGCGCUCCGGCACGCCGCUGCCCAGCGACGUCAUCUUCCUGUUCAACGGCGCGGAGGAGGCACCGCUCAAGGCGUCGCACGGCUUCAUAACGCAGCACGAGUGGGCGGGCUCGGUGCGUGCCUUCAUCAACCUGGAGGCGUGCGGCACGGGCGGGCGCGAGAUACUCUUCCAGGCCGGGCCGCAGCACUCCUGGCUCGUCAAGUUGUACGCGGAGUCUGUGCCACACCCGCACGGACUGGUGCUGGCUGAAGACAUCUUCCAGAGCGGACUGGUGCCCUCAGACACGGACUUCAGGGUGUUCAGGGACUUCGGACACGUCCCAGGUCUGGACUUUGCGCACGCGAUGAACGGCUACGUGUACCACACGCGGCACGACGGCGCGGAGGCGGUACCGCGCGGCGCGCUGCAGCACUCGGGCGACAACCUCUUGGCGCUGGCGCGGGCCGUGGCCUCGGCGCCCGCGCUGCGUGGCCCGGGGGGGCAGGCCGCCGGCCGCGCCGUCUACUUCGACGUGCUGGGCCUGUUCAUGGUGUGCUACUCGGAGCGGCUCUCCGUCGCGCUCAACCUGCUGGCCGUCGCGCUGUCCGCCUGCUCCGCGUACCUUUCCGUGCGCUUUGCACUGCCAGGCAGGAGCGACCGGGAGCGCGCCGUGCAGCUGGGGCUGGGCUGCGCGGCGGCGGCGGCCGGCUGGGGCCUGGGCGCGGUGGCCGCCGCGGCCGUGGCGCUCGCGCUGGACUCCCUGCACGCCUCCAUGAGCUGGUUCACGCACACCAGCCUGGUGUUCGGCCUGUACUACCUGCCCGCGCUGGCCGGCGCCGCCCUGCCGCCGCUCGCGCUCGACUGGCACCGGGCGCGCUUCAAGGCGGGCGUGAGCACGGCCGCGCAGGCCCUGGUGUGCUGCUGCGGCGCGCAGCUGGCGUGGUCGCUGCUGCUGCUGGCCUGCACGGCGCUUGGCGUGCGCUCGGGCUUCGUGCCGCUGCUGCUGGUGGCGGUCCCCUCCCUCGCCGGCCUCGCCCUGGCCGCGCUGCCCGCCCGCAAGUCAGUGGAGACGUGGCUGGCCGCCUACUUCGCCAGCUCGCUCGUCCCGGUCCCGUUCACGAUGUACCUGACGCAGCUGGCGUUCGGGCUGUUCAUCCCCAUCACCGCGCGCAUCGGCCCCGACAGGAACCCGGACCUCUUGAUCGCGCUGCUGGCCGCGCUCACCUGCGCCGUGUCCUGCAGCUACGUGGUGCCCAUGGUAUUGCUGGUGAGAGGUCGGGCCAAGGUCGCGGCCGGACUGGUCGCCUUGUUCCUGCUGACGCUGGUGCUGGCGGCCUUCACUCCCAUUGGCUUCCCCUUCCGCGAGGGGCGCGACCGCCCCACGCCGCAGAGAGUCAUGCUCUUCCACGCAGAGCGCACGGUGUCGGGCGCGGACGGGGAGGUGACGCACCACGGCAGCGGCUACUGGCUGUUCCCGCUCGACCGGCACAACGUGCGCACGCUGCGCGGCCUGGUCCCGGAGCUGGGAGGCGCGGCCACCGUGUCGGAGGACUGCGCGCGCCACCUGUACUGCGCGCUGCCCGUGUACUGGGCGCGGAUGGUGCCCAUGCUGUCCAGGAGCUACUGGGUCCCCGCUGCAGCGCCCGUCUUCCACAGCCCGGUCGCUCUGCAGCUGACGGGGCGGUCGGCGGAGUCCGUCACCUCGCGGAGACUUGCCUUCACUGCUAAAGGGGUGGACAACCUGGCGGUGUUCCUGUCGCCCGCGGCGGGAGUGCGGCUGACGGGCUGGAGCUUCUCCGCGGGGCAGCCCGAGCCGGGGCCGGACUGGCUCGGCCGGCCGAGCUACUUCGUGCACCACGCCAGCGGCUCGGCAGACUCGGCCAACUCCUCGCUGCACUUCUGGCUGCAGCUGCAGGUGGGCUCGCUCGCUCGACUCUGUGCACAUGUUCGUUUAACACAUUUUUUUUUUGACGUGGCAAUGUCUAAUAAAUCGAUGAACGCUGGCUGCACGCAUGAAACAUUGUCCCACUACGGAUGUGUCCUGUUUACGCAUGCGUGGCAUCUCUCUGGUAUGUUGCGGACGGUACAGAGAACUCGGCCGGGGUUCGAGGUAAUUGUUGUGCACCGCGCCACGGGAGUAUAUUCGCAAGGAAAUGGCGUUCUUACAAGUACGUAUUAUUUUAAUUACUAGUGUAAAUCAGUAUAUUUAAACAGUGUUGUAUGAGUAUUGUUUUAGCUGUGUAACUAAAUAUUUAUUGCUGGUGUGAAACUUUUCACGAUUUAGUUUGACAUUGGUAAUUAUUUGUCAUGAGUUAUUAUUUGAUCAACUAAAUCACACACCGUAUUAUAGUUAUGAGCCCACGAGCCUGUAAAUAUUUCGAGUCCAACAGAGAAUAUGCUAGUUAAAAGAAAUUCAAACAAAUAUUGUGCGUGGAAUACUAUAUUAAUCUAUAACAUCUGAAACAAUUAUUUUUCAAUAUUGCCUUGUGGCUGUGCGUUUAGCAUGGCUGACUUUGUUAUGACGUUGUCACGUUAAACUAUCAUCCGUAAACCGACUUUACAUACAACCAAUUUUUUUUUACUAAUGCCUUUUUUGAACAGAUAUUUAAUUAAAUUAGGAAAGAACGUUCCAAAUUUUUCAGCAUUGAUUCCACUACCUAUAAUAUUUGCACACACCUUAUAAACAUUACAGCAAAAUGAUUUCCAGGGUGUUUUUCAAUUUGGUGAUGUAUGUAGAUAUCUUUACCAGUAGAAUUUUAAAUUGUACUUAUAUUGUUAUGUUUAUGAAAGCCAAACACAAUCCCACCCAAAAAAAAUUACAAUGGGGCCAAAGUCACUUAGAAAACCACCCAAUUGUAAACAAAUGUGUUAUUUCAAGGACUGAGAUUGAACCAACAUCUUUUGAUUUAACACCCAAGUGUUAAUACCUGAGCCAUUAUGCCAUCCAUGACAAAAAAAAAAAUUGUAAUGAUAAGAGUCUUUAAAAAAGUUAAGGAUAAGUUAAAUAUGUUAUAUUUCUUCCAGUGGGUGAUUUCAUAUUUUACGUGCCAUUUCUGUAUAACAGUGCUUGUAUACUGAUGUGUGAAAUUUGGGCAGUAAAAGAGUUCUUAUUUCUUGAGUUGUAAUGAUUAUGGAACCAAUGCUACAAGCUUAUCUGUCAGAUAUUGUGGAGCUUUUAACUGAGUUGUAAAAUGGUGUACAGUGGAACCUCAUAUUUGUAUUCUCUGUAUUUUUUAUGUUUUUCUCACAUCAACAUCAUUUUCUUUAGGUCACAUUUGCUUGUAUUUAGUGUAAUGCAAUACUUUCCCUCGAAUUACUUCUUGGAGAUUACUGUCUUCCCGCUAUUCAUGAGACAAGAUAUUAUGGUUUUACUUUUGGUCCAAUUUAAUUUUUAAAACAGAAGAUUUUGGUGUUAUUUAUUUAUUUAUUUAUUUGUAAUUUGUGACAUGCCCACCAACAGUCGUAGACUUUAGUGGUGGGCACUACAUGUAAUACAGGAACACAGUUAUCACUACCAGUGUAUGGACUUCCACCUGCGUCGGUACCAUAGGAGGAAAACAUCUACAGAUGGCCAGCAAACGUUAUUGUUUUUAUUUUAAUAAAAACUGUUUUGCGAUACUUACUCCAAAAAAAUAGAGCUAAAAUCUAUGUCUUACAUUUUUAUGAUACAAAAUUUGUAAUAAAUUGGUAUACAAUACAGAUACAUCAGAACAAUAAAAAUAAAUUGGCGAGCUUUUAUGGUUUAAAAGUGAUUCAAUGAAAGAUGCACAAUAAAACAAAUUAAAUUAAGUUUUCUGUUACAUGCACUUAGGUAUGAUCUUUUGUCUUGAAUUUCAAACCUUAAAAGAAUAUUUUUUUUAUGAUCUGAAUUAAAUUUUGGUUAAAUGCUGCUUCAUUCCAUGAUAUAACUUGCAUUUCGGUGUUAUUUCGGUUUUAUCACAAUUCACCAUUGUCCCUACAUAUACAACAUAAAAACAGUUUACUUUUGUGUUACAAGUACGCUCAAAAUGUUUGGUAGAAGGUUAGGUUACUUUGUGAAUCUUCUAUGCACAAAGCGCAAAGAAUGUAUAGUUUUAAAGUAAAAUGUAGUGUUUCGUAUUUUAGUCACCAUUAAAGAGCUAGUGGUAAAUUUAUGACCAUAUUUGCAUUAAAACUGUGUUCAUUUGUCAAAGUCUAGGUAUAGUUAGUAGUUCUGUGGCCAUGUCAUAGUGACCUUUUCUAUAGCGAUGGUUGUGUAAAUAAUACACGUGCUAAAUAUCAGUAGUAUUUUCAUCAGUUUAGAUGAACUGGUUGAUUAUUGAAAAUAGUGGAAAGAUUUAAAGUGCGUAAAACAUUUACAGUUACCUAUAAACUAAAUAUAAUAUCAUAGUUUGUUAAUCAUAUUAGUACCAGAGUUUAUCUGGUAAAACAACUGUGUUUCCGUCAGCACACCCAACACGAUUAUCAAGAACUGCAAAAUAAAAAAAAAUCUGUUCAGUGCGGACCAGGUGCGAAAAGAACUUAAGUGCAUAAAAGUGUCGGCCGUUCAAAGAGCUGGAAGACCUUUCC